AUGGGCAGAGCAGCAAUCGUCAUCUAUGGUGAAGAUGUACUUCUUCUUGGAGACCAUGUAGCCGAAGCACCGGCACGCGGAGUCUUUGAAGGAGAUGCACGAGGCCUUUUGGCCAAGGAUUCGGUUGAUAUCAUUUCGGUUGUAGAGCUCGUAAUCGAAGCCAUCAGGAACCUUGAUGGUCUUGUUCGGGUCGCCGUCUUGGACGAUGAUCAAAUGGUAGGGUUCGAAGAAGGGCCGCCACAUCUCGAGGAAGUCGAGGUUGCGGAUAGUCGGGAUCACGAUGUCGAGCUCGUCUUUCAAAGGUGGGGCCAUGGUGGCGAGGAGAAAAGCGUGUUUUGGGAGUAG